AUGUGAACAAACCCACCGAUAAAUUAUUACCUCCGCCCCUUGCUAUGAUCGCGCGUCUUUUGACAGUCAUCGCUCACGCGGAGGACGUGGCAUUAUGAGCGUUAUCAUUAUCAUUGGCAUUAUCAUUCCAAACAUUAGAAAUGCGUUAAUGCGAGCGAGUACGCACGUUGGAAGCAGGUGAAUGUAAGCAAGAGAUCGUGAUAGGAUGUGAGCAUGAGUGCGAGGGAGUCGACUGCAAGAGGCGUGGCUUCAUACUCUUUACAUGUGUGUAGCACACUGAUACACCGCCGUGCCAUCUACCGGCGAAAAGUGAAAUUACUUUUUCUCUGUCAAAUGUUAACACGGGACCUACGCUUCCAUGUAAUAUAUGUUCUCUGGUAGUAUGUAUAUUUUUGUGAAUAGAUGCAAGAAAAGUUUUUGGAAUAUAAAUUAACUCUCUGUAGGUACGAUGUAGGUUGCAUUGCGAUUUAAUGCUUACAACUAUUUAAUGAAGUGUAUCACAAAAUGUGGAGGAGCUCGGUGGUAACUGCUUCGGAUCAUAUAUUUCCCGGCUUAGCAUAUCAUGAUCGCAAAAAGGAAUUUUAUGAUAUUGAGCAUCAUAUUAAAUCUAGUCUGCCGCUUCAAAUGGCUCUCUAUUUUAACAUAUGGCUCUUUGUUCCAUGGUUUUUAAUUACUGUAUGCUGUUUGGAUAUGAAAUAUUACAGACUGUCAGAUUUGUACAAAUUUGCAACUAUCACAGUAUUUAUUGUUAUAUCUGUUUUGGAAUGUGCAAGACUUUACUUGGGGUAUAUGGGUAAUUUGGCAGAGAAGAUUCCAGAAUUAGCAGGUUUUUGGCUAAUUUCUACUCUCUUGCAAUUUCCCUUGGAAAUGUUCCUUAUUUUGGAUGGAGGAACGAUGCCUCUUCUAGGAGAGAUAGUGGUCAAUGGUAUUAUGCUAUUUCUCCUUGUCACUGAAAUCAUUACAGGAACCAUGGCCUUAAAACAUUCUGCAGAUCAUCAUGCGAAAAGAUUUUAUUUAGCACAGUUGUAUGGCAUCGAGGAUAAGCUAGACUGAAGUAGAUUUUUCUAUAAAAAACAUCAUGCAGAAUAUAGAAAAAGCAUUUAUUUACAUAAAAUAUAUAUUACGUGAUCCAUACAUUUGCAGCUUUAAUAAAUAUAUAUACUCAUGUUCAAGUGAUAGACAAAUAUAAAAUUCUCUUACAAGUACUGAACAAGCGUUAUAAAAUCUUAAGUUUUUGACAAGUAGUAUAUGGCAGGAAUAAUCAGUGCUUCUUAAUUCUGAACAUAUCAUUGAAUCACACAAUAUGUGUUACACUCUCGCAUUGUUAUUAAGAUUAUAUUGUUCAUAGAAGGAACAUAAAUUUA